UUAAGGAACAAUGUGAUGGCUAGUAGAACAGUGCGAAGAGUGAAACGAGAAAAAGUUAAAGAAUCCUCUAACAACGCCCUUAGAGAAUACCUCCCAGCAAUAGUUGUUACUCCUCCAGAUAUCAUAGAAAUGAAGGUCAAAGCCCUUAAGAACAGCGACGACAAAAAUGCCAGUAAAAACAUCUCGCUAGACAACAAUCCUAACAUAGAAACAGAGAAACCAGAAAUAUUAGCAGCAACAAUGCCACAAUUCACAGUAAACCAACUUAUAGCGGAGCUAUCACAAAACUCGAUGGCCUCCAAAACAGAAAUAGAACAAAUACAAAGAAGACUGCUGCAGCAGGCCAACGAGAUACUGAAAGUAAACGCCUUCGCGAACCCACCCGCUCCAGAGCCCCGAUUCAUUGAUAGUACACAAAAAUACUCCAAACCUGUUUACGGUAGAAUACCAGUUAUCGUGCCGCGGAAUGGUAUGUUAAAUCAGGCAAGCCAGUUAGAGAUUUCGCGCCAAACUAACCCAAACACGGCGGUGAAGGCCACCGGCGCGGGCAAUCAACUCGAUGCACACGCUCAACUAGUUCCAGAGAAGUUACAAGAAAAGCCAUUCCUGGAUAAUGGUGCAAUGAUAAAUAGCGCCCAGGGAAAUAUGCAAAGGGUCGCCACGGCUGCGAUGGACGCGGGAAGAGGUGUUUUUUUCUACGAAACGGGUUCCGCCGCUUGCGCGGGCGCCAGUCCGCGCUCUGCACCGACGAGAGGUGUGGGCGAGAGCGGUCCGCCGUACAGGAUGCCGCCGGCGCCGGACGCCGCGCUGCCCGGUGCUCCCGCGCCGCCUGCACUCCACACGCACUCCGCCAAGUUUCCUAUUGAACGCGAGGUGAUCCUGUCGUCUAGCGACAAGAACUCAAAGGUGCCGAUACUGCAGGACGCGAGGAAGAAGGGCAGACUUGGAGCCGUCGCUCCUGAUACCCCGCCCAAGGCGCUGGCCGCUUGGACUCAUGCUGAGAACCAAGCGGGCCCCUCCGACUUCAGACAGUAUCAAGAACAGAACUACGGUUACGCCAUGCACCAGCCUCAGAACCCUGGCGUGAUACCCAGAAACCUCGGCUACGAUAACCAGAAACCUCCAAUACCUGCUAAAAACUACCAAAAGUCAGAGACACCUAAUAAUUCACAGAUUAUAACAGUCACUGUUGAGACCGGAAAGGAUAAUACUAGAGACGCACCUAAAAGCGCAAAGUCGGUCAGCAAAACGUAUCACACGCUAAAAGACAUGAUAUCGAGUAGAUUCAAAAGUAAAGAAAGUGAGGAAAAGUCUGAUCAAGAACCAAAUUUAAACAAUAGCGAAGACAGAAAACGGCCCGAAGAACAAGUGACGCCAAGAGAAACACCAAGAAAGGUGGAGCAAGGGAUCUACGGUAGACCAAUGCCUCAGAACAGACCUGAAGUACAAAAUAGACCAGAUGUGCAAUACAACCAUGGUAUGACCAACAAUGUGCCUAGCAACAUGGCAUAUCCAAGUCCAUCGCCACACAGGCAGUUAAUGCAGCACCAAAUAGUCCAGCAACAAAUGCUGUUAAACCAGGCGAGAUCGCACGAAAUGUUGGCCACUCCUCACAGAGCACAAGCUUUGGGAGCUGAUGCCCUGUACUCGCAAUACGGACCUCCAGGUCGGCGAAGUGCAAUGUAUCAGAGAGACAUGGAAGUUCGCUCCAUGGCAAACUUUACGUCGUUGAAGACUGGACCACAAAGUCAGUUUGACAAUUCCCAUUCAAGACAAGACCUAAGAAGCCCACAACAACUAGAAAGAGAGAUCGUCAGACAAAGAGGUUUCGUCGACGGUCGAAGAGCUUCCUCCCACCCUCAUCUUCUCGAUGACGCACACCCAAGACACGAACUCGCAACACCACAAAUCCAUGAUCGAUCUAGGAGAAAUUCUCACGGGAACCUGUUAGACGGUACACCAAAUGACAGUCAAAGAAAUUGUGAAGAAAGAGAAUCGGACGAUGGAGGCUUCAGAUCAAGAUUAGUUGCCCAAGGACGAUCCAGUUUUGAAGAAAGAAUAAGAACAAGUGGAAGAUCAGUUGAUUCACAAAGGGCUCAGGAAAAUGUGUACAGAAGAACUCCAGACAGUCACAAAGAGCGUAGAACACCUGACACAAAUCAAAAAAAAGACGAACCUUCUACAAGUCAAGACAAAAAUGAUGAGAGUGCAAGCCAGAAAUCAGCUGACAGUGUUUACAAUUCUAGUGGUAAAGCCGAAGCGUAUAACCCGCAACCUUCGUCAUCGAGGCAGACUCCAAAUCGGAUAGAGGAUUUGAAAGCGCUUGGAAAGAAGGGUGCUGGGUCUGGUGCUAGUUCAGACUACGACAAAAACGGUGGUCAGUCCUCAAACGUGGAUUCGGGGCGAGGUAGUGUAGCGUACUCCAGUGGGCGAAGACCUGAAGCUAGCCUGCACGAUACGUCAGCAGACUCCGAUGCUGUAGGGCCUGCCCGCACCCAGCCGCAGGCGGGGACUAGUCAACAAAAUAACGCACAGGGUGGUGAAAACGAAUGGGCAGACCUGGUAGAAUGCGAACUGCGACAGAUCCUGGAACCAAAGCUGGCGAGCAUGCGGCUUGAUUCUUCAGGCAGCUCUAAUAGUUCUGUAACUCCUCCAUUGCCUCCCAUCUCACCGUCUUCUGACAUGCACAAGAGGAAUAGUUUACCAGGUCGAGCGUCAGAGUAUCCUGAGGAGCGCAGACGAGGACGCGACUCUCCACGCUGGCAUUCCCACAAGAAACACACUUCUAAACGAGACCACCAUUAUAAGAAACAUUUAUUCGGCCUGGACACAACAGACAUGACAUCAACAACAACCCGCAGCUUAGACCUCUCUUCACUCCUGGACGGCAGAACUGAUAGCGAUGCCUCGACGGGAGAUGCAAGGGCUAUCCGGAGGCAACUAAGAGGGCUGGAGAAUAUGUACGCUGAGGUACUGCAGCUGCUGGGUGUGAGAAAACCUGCUAAUUUGGCUAAGCAACCUACUUGGGAGUCCAGAUUAUCGUCAAAACGUCGAUACGGCAGCAUGUCUUCCCUCCCAUCAAGUUCAGUUAGCAGUCGACCCGUGAGAGAUAAAAGACGAAGCUCGCAUGAGAAUAGAAAGAAACACGACUUGAAGGGCAUAAACAAGCGCUUCCAAAGACUAGAGUCCCACGUGGUGACCCUGGCCCGGUCAGUGGCCCAUCUGUCCAGUGAAAUGAGAACUCAGCACCUCGUCAUGCAGGAGAUGGACAACAUCAGGGCUGAGAUCGCUGCUUUGAGGCAUAUGUACAAGUCCCAGCAAUACAUCCGCUCAGGCCAUCAGCGGCAUCAAGACCCGUACUCGUUCAGCAACCCUGACCGCGUCAAGAGGCUGACCAAGUUCUUUGGUGACGAGCCUCCUCUGAUGAGACUGUUCCUUAAGAAACUUGGUUAUGAGAAAUACGCUGCUCUUUUAGAAAAGGAGAAGGUAGGCGCAGCAGAACUUCCGUACGUAGGAGAAGACAAACUACGCGCCCUGGGAGUACCUUUGGGCCCCCGAAUGAGGAUCUUAAAGGAAGCUGGUAUUCACCAGGAGCUUCACCACAUGUCCAGAGACGAUCACACAACCACCACCACAUUGGCUAUUGUAUGAGAACGAUAUAAACACUAUCAUAGUUUCUAUAAAGUUUGCAGGGCCAUGACACUAGAGGUAAUUUGAAAUGCGCAUUUUUAAUAUCAGGAUAUCUAAGUGGCAUUUUUGCGCUUCAUUUUUUUACUCUAAGACAGUAGUAAAGAACGAAGUUCAUGACUUAAGUGUAUUACAAAAUCACUUAAAUAUGAGUAAUGACAAUAGUAAAUGACAAUAAUUGAAAGCCGUUUAAAGGUGGCAUCCCAGCGUCCGUGAUUUUACACACUUCCUCGCACGGCCGACGAUAAUCGACAGCCUCACACCGGCCGCGCCCUUUUAUAUCACAAUCAACCUAUAACAGAAUAUUUAAUUAGAAUAUCAGACGUAAAGAUUCUCAUUUCUUUUCACCCAGACCAAGAACAAAUGAAAUCAGACAUAUCAAACAGUCAAUUAAUUAAAUAAAAAACAAAUCGACGAAAUGACUGAGAACAGGUACUAAAAGUUACUGUGUUUAGUAAGCAAUAAAUUAAUUUCGGUAUCAUCCAUCGGCUCCAGGCGCAGCGUCUAGUCUUUCUACGAGACAAUAUCAAAAAAUGCAAUGAACUGGGGGGACCCCAGGUGUAGCUGUCCAACGUUAGCGUAAUUAUAAAGAAGGGUAAAAACUGCCGUCAUUUUGCGCACCCUUCUGCCACGUUGACCCAAUAUUAAUUAAUUAAAAGUAGCGCUAGUAUUUAAGUCGUUAAGGUUUCUUAUUCCUUUGUUUUCAACAACUGGUUGAAUUAUGUUCUCCGAAAAUACUCAAAUAAUAAUUUGAUCAUGUCAUUCCAUUAAAUGCUAAAUCUAUUUUAUUACGAUACGAUAGUAUUAUUAUUAUACAAUACUUUUUAUAUUAAUUUCACAAAGUACUUAAAUAAACACUUGUAUAA